UACGUGGAGCACCCCGUUCUGAUAGAGCCGCCAGCCGAGGCGCCCGCGCCACCGCCGCAGCCGCUCAAGCUGACCAAGCGGGAGCUCAAGAAGCUGCGCACGCAGCGGCGCAUCGCGCGGGAGAAGGAGAAGCAGGAGCUUGUGCGGCAGGGCCUGCUGGAGGCGCCCAAGCCCAAGGUCAAGAUUUCCAACCUGAUGCGCGUGCUGGGCGCCGAGGCCACGGCAGACCCCACGGCGGUGGAGGCCGAGGUGCGCAAGCAGAUGGCGGAGCGGGCGGCGGCGCACGAGGACCGCAACCUGGCCCGCAUGCUGACGCCCGCAGAGCGCAAGGACAAGAAGCUGAAGAAGCUGGUUGGCGAGGAGGGGGUGGAGACGCAUGUGGCGCUCUACAAGGUUGGGGACCUGACAAACGCCCAGCUGCGGUUCAAGGUGGAUGUGAAUGCGAGGGAGAACCACAUGACGGGGGCGUGCCUGGUGCAGGCAGACGGCUUUGCCAUCGUGGUGGUGGAGGGCAGCCCCAAGACGCUGCGCAGGUACGAGAAGCUCAUGCUGCGGCGCAUCGACUGGAAUGCGCGGCGGGAGGAGGAGGAGGAGGAGGAGGAAGACCCUACCAAGCCUAACAAGCCGCCCAACUACUGCCACCUGGUCUGGCAGGGCGUGGUCAAGGAGCGCUCCUUCCGCAAGUUCAAGUCCGAUACUUUCCAAACAGAGGCCGCCGCCCGCACCUUCCUGUCAGACCACAAAGUGGGCCACUACUGGGAGCUGUGCGCGGCGUACCGCCCCGAGUAG